GCUCUUAUUUCCCUGCCCCUUCUCUCUCUUGAGCACUCUUGACUUCUGUCUCUCCCUUUCUCAUUGCCUCAUUCUCUUUCUCUCUCUAGCUUUCUCUGAAGCUGUAUUGGAUCUAAAAGUGGUUUUGCAGGCGCCGGAUGCCGGUCUUGUUGCAGAGGAAAAGUGGGUUUUGAUCUACAGUCUCAUCAAAAUCUGGUAUUGGCAUUAGCGAAAGGCAGUUUCCAAUCUCAAGCUCAAAUCCUUUCUCUCUCUAAAAUUUACCAGAAAAUCCUUUGGCCUCAAGCAUUCUUCCGGUUUGUUAGCUCUGUGAGUCUGGAUAAGUCCGUCAUUAUUCCUUAAGAAAACCUUUACAAAAGCCCUGCAAGCAUCUAAUUUUGCUUCUCAUUAGCCUGGAAUCCAGAAAAAAAAAACCAAAAAAAAGAAGUAUUUGUCAAAAAUAUUUCCAUAAUAUCACUAGCAUUUGUAGAUAGUUAACCUGGCUUGGGUCAUUCUCUCUCUUCCGUAGAAAAAACUUUAUAAAAACCAUCAAAUCAUGUAAUUUUCGGUUUCAUUCCCACCCCACAAAACAAAAAAAACUAAUUUUUUUUUUUCUUCAAAUCUUAUUUAUUGCAAGUUGUAAACUUUAAAAUUGUAGAAGGGCUGGCUAGAGUUCAAUCAUCAGUGUAGAAAAGCCUUUAGAAAAGCCUGGAAAUCAUGUAACUUGUUCUUCUUCUUCUUUCCGUUAAACCCCAUAAAAAAAAAAACCAAAAAAAGAGAGUGAAAAUCACAAAAAAAAGAAAAAAAGAAAAUAAGCUCUUCUUUCAGUUUUUUUAGUAGUUAGAAGAAAAGAAACAAAAAAAAAAAACCGAUGCCUGAGUCGGAGAACGUGACACCGGCCGUGUCGGCACCGGCGACACCGGGUACGCCGGGGGCGCCGCUGUUCUCGUCAGUGAGGAUCGACUCUCUCUCCUACGAGCGCAAGCAUUGUGGGCCAACCUGCUUCCACGACUUCCCCAAGCCCGAUGUCUCUCUCACCCGCAAGUUGGGUGCCGAGUUCGUUGGAACCUUUAUCCUCAUCUUCGGUGCCACUGCCGGCCCAAUCGUGAAUCAAAAGUAUAUUGGCGCCGAGACCCUUAUUGGCAAUGCAGCAUGUGCAGGUUUAGCUGUGAUGAUAGUCAUUUUGUCAACUGGCCACAUCUCUGGUGCCCAUCUCAAUCCGUCGAUCACAAUCUCUUUCGCAUUGCUUCGUCACUUUCCAUGGUCCCAAGUCCCUACCUAUAUACUGGCUCAAGUCUCAGCUUCCAUUUGUGCCUCUUUUGUGCUGAAAGGUGCCUUCCAUCCCUUCAUGUCUGGGGGGGUUACCGUCCCUUCAGGAAGUGACUGGCAAGCAUUCAUACUCGAGUUCGUCAUAUCCUUCAACCUCAUGUUCGUUGUCACUGCUGUAGCAACUGAUACUCGAGCUGUGGGGGAGUUGGCGGGAAUUGCAGUCGGAGCCACCGUGAUGCUCAACAUACUGGUGGCCGGAAUGGGAAGUGGAGGUUCCAUGAACCCGGUCCGAACCCUGGGGCCCGCCAUUGCUGCUGGCAAUUACAAAGCAAUAUGGAUCUACAUGGUAGCCCCCACUCUUGGGGCCAUUACUGGGGCCGCCAUCUACACAUUUGUGCGUCUCAGAGGGGAGGAUGGGGAGACACCAAGGCCUCGGAGCUUCCGUCGCUAGACACGUGUCUAUCAAUGGGACCCAUGCUUUGGUAGUGAUGCCAUGUUAUGCAUGAAACUCUGCAAAUCAAUGACUCUUGUCUGAGUGUGUGAUUGUGUUUGGCUUUAUAGGCUCUUGGAGCUUUUUAUGUUUAAGGUGAUGUUUGGCGUGAAGACAUAACAUUAUUACUAAGGUUUAGAGUGAUGUUUGUGUGCAAGUGAUAGUGAAAAUAAAUGUUCUUGUCGUGUAUA